AUGGAGUUUGGAUCAUCAGCACAAUCAGGACCUGAGACUUCACAACAUAGUGGUACUACUCGGGUGCCACGUAUAUUACGGGAUGGGAAAUUUUACACAAUAGAUGAGCAGGGUAGAAAGAAUGUUAGGACUGUUGGUAGUCGUAAGGACAUAUGGCACAUACCUGAUGGGGAAAGGGUGGUGAUCGAAUUCAACCUAUCCUACCAACCAAUCGGCCCGGGGGUCGAGAAAUUUAGAAGGAUUUGUGGGAAGAUCAUAAGAAAUGGUAAAUUUGUACAGCUGCAUGGUAACUGGAGAACAUUACCAUUGGAAGGGAAGGAAGAUAUGUGGCGCACCCUAACGAAAAAGUUUUAUUUUGAGCCUGUUCACCUACUCGCGCAUAUAAAAAGAUUAUCGUUGAUGAACCUAGCAAAGAAAAGAAGGCAACACAGGUACGAGAUAAAGAAGAGUCUAAAAUUGAAAGAAGGUGAUACCGUAGAGUCUGUGGUCAGUAGGGCUUCGACAACGCUAGUCUUCGAUGUAGAAGACUUCGAAAUGCAAGUUGAUACGUGGUUGUCUUCGGUUGAUAAGGAGAGAGCGUCGAAGUCCAAGACAAGCCGUGGCCAAAAUGCACUUCUUCACACUUUGGGAUCGAAGAGCAUCGCACAGGUUGCACGAGAAAUGGAGGAAGACAUAGGAGAAACACCGAACCGAGAUGAUAUGUUCAUUGUCUCGCAUACCAAGAAAGAUGGGAACCCUGUGAAUGCAGUGGCUGGGGAAGUUAUUGCGAAGACGAGAGAAAUUAUCGACAAUCAGUCGCCUACAGAACGAGUGUGUCCACAGGGGUUAGUCUAUUGGUCGCAUAACAAUGCGUGUGCACAAGUGCUAGGACGAGAACAUUCCGGUCGUGUACGCGGGGUAGGGCUAGGGCCGACUCCCGGUAAAUCCACCUCUUAUACCUCCGAACAAGGAUCAAUCUCUAGUGUGCCUACUCGCAUAGAGCUAGAGAUGGCUGCUGAUAUAGAACGUUUGAAAACUUUGUACAAAGCGCAACAGGAAGAGCUUGCAGCUGUCAAACAUAUGGUAGCCUUGAUUAUGGCAGAGAAACAACCAUCAAUGGGAAACAACGAAGAAGGUGAUGUUUUGGUUUACACUUAA